AUGAUUCUAGCAGAUAAUGGUUCAACAGCUAUCUUCUGGAAAGAUUUAAAAUGUUAUGUACUACGUUUUGUUAAUCGUCCCAUGGCUAUCGGACUUCUUAAAUUGUUUCUUCGUAAUGCACCACAAAAUACCAGAACUUAUAUUAAUGAAGUGUAUCUUAAGGAUGUUAAAGAUAAAAAUUGUAAAGCAGCAUUAAGCUUAUGGUUUGAUUCAAUUACAGAUCCCAGAGACAAUACUUGGGCAUUUCGCUUAUUUGAUGCAAGUGGAAAACCACCAACAAAUCUUUUAGCUGCUAAUACAAAUUGGCUUGGUAAUUGGAAUAGUUGUCAUAAAGUCAAAUAUUCUAACGCAUCUAACGCAUCUGAAGCAUCAUCUUCAUUUGAAUUUAAAGGACGUUAUUGUCGAGCUAAAGUUCGUGCUCAUCCAUCAUUACUUGCCCUAGCCGGUGAUCAACUUGCCGGUUUUCCUGGUAAUCCUGAAGAAUUAGCAGCUAUUGAUCUUGGUUUAUGCGUACCAGAUUUUUGUGAAAAUGAAGAUGUAGCAUCAGUUGUUAAUAAUACUGUUCGAUUAUUAACAAUUCAUCAAUUAACUAAUGUUCGACAAGUUGAUGAUGUAUUAUGUGAAAGUCCAGCUGAACCAAAUGCACCUUAUUAUUUUACAUUAGUACUUAUAACAAUUUUAACAGCCAUUGUUAUAUUAGCAACAUUAUAUGAUUGUUUUUUUCGUGCAUUUUUAAAUAAACCAUAUACAACUGUAAGUACAUUAUCAAUACAAAAUAUUCAUACAUUAUGUAAUUUUGCAUCAUCACAUCAACAACCACAUGGAAUUUUUCAUAAUGAUUUAAAUUCUUAUCAAUAUCAAUUUUCUAAUCGUCUUCAAUUACAUGGAAUUAGCUAUCCAUCAGAAGCUGAAAGAACUCAUGUAUUAAAAAGUCGAAAAAAUUGGUAUAAUCAUAUUGUUUAUAAAUUUCAUCAAAUUGCUAUUGAACUUUCGGCGUAUACAGCUAUUCUUAAACCAAUGUCAAGUACAGGUAAGAAAAAUUGUAGAAUUUCUAAGAGUUAA